AUGCGGCUGAGCCCUCAUCCCCUCGCCCUCUUCUGCCUUAAACCCAAAAAUGAGCGGGCCAGGCUCGUGCUCGCACGCCAGGAGAACGAGGCUUUCGUCUCAAAGCGGAGCAAUGGCACGCUCGUUCUCGACAUCGGCCACAUCCGCUCGAAGGCGGGUAAGAACACCCUCGCAACACUUGGCCGCGGCGAUGCUGCCGACCUCUAUUGCUCAUUCGAGAUCGACUUAGCAACCAACGUCGUGAUGCUCUACGACCGGUCCCACGGUCAGACCACCCAGGUCUUUGGGGUCAACGCGACCCCUUUCGAGUAUGGACGUCUGCGCAAAGUCGUCGUGCAGGACGGUUCGAACACCAUAAUCGGGAUGGGCGGCAGCGGGCGCGACCUCGUUCAAUUCCAGUUGGUGUGGCGGCAGGAUCCCGAUGUGACCAUGGAGAUGGUACGGAAUCGGGAAUGCAACGGCGGCGGCUACGAGGAGCACUCCCGCCUCGCCCGGACCGUCGCUGAUGAGGCGGAUACCGUCCUGCCGUCUCGACGAGAGACUAGGAUUCACACUCCCGGAUCCAGGCAGCUGAAGAUCAGGUACGCGACGAUAGGCCCCAGGCUAGGAGCCGGGCAGUACGGCAUGGUAUACAAGGCCAUCGAUGCGGAUUCCGGCAGGCUUAUGGCCGUCAAGGUGGUGGAGGAACCUCGGAUAGCAACAAAACUGGAACGAGACACCUGGAGGGAAUAUGUAGCUCAGGCACUGAAGCGUGAGGUAGAAACUCUCGCCAGAAUCGAUCAUCCACACAUCCUUGAUUACAUCGCAUCACAGGGAGACGUACCCCGCAUAGAGAUAUUCAUGGGUCUGAAGCAAGGGACCUUGGUAUCCCUAGUAGAGAAGGGAGCCCCCCUAGUUGCUGAUACCGUUUUUCACCACAUGCUCCAAGCGUUAGAUUGCCUUGCGGUCAACGACAUCAUUCAUCGCGACGUGAAGCCGGAGAACAUCCUCUACGUGACGCAACCAGACGGCCAACACCAAUUCCAACUGGGAGAUUUCGGCCUCUGCAACACUGGUAUCAACGCCAAGACCUUUGCUGGCACCUACAUCUACUUAGCCCCAGAGAUCUUGGGAGAAGAGAAGCAAACCUAUAAAGUGGAUGUUUGGUCGCUUUUUGUUACGAUGUUAUGGGUCCUUGACUUGAGGGCGUUCCGUCAAGCGUGCCAGCUUUUCAAGACCGUUGGCGAUAUCCGCAAGACGAUCCUCGCCGCCUCGAAUGAGCAAGCCGUCACCAAGAUUCGGCAAAUGGCUAUCGUCAACCCCGAAGACCGUGCUUCUGCGGCUCAAAUGCUCGUUCAGUGCUUUGAUGGAGUGGGGCUCAGCACCACCCUGGAUCAGGUCCCACCUCUCUUUAGCGAUCUGGCAUUUGCCAGUACUCUGACUUCAGCGUCUCCCAUCUCGGCAGCCCCAAAAGCCCAAACCGCGAGGAGCUUGAAGGCUACGAAUAACCGGAUCAGGAAAGUAGGUCCACAGUCGCAAGAUCAAGUCCAAUAUCUCUGGCUCCAAAGAACUCUAGAUUUCCGGAGGAUGUCCAGCAUGUCCUGUCCUUACCACCACAUACCAGCAACCGGGAUUCAAUCGGGAAACCUGGCGGUGCCAAACAGCAUAGCAGAGAGAGCCGUUUUUCCACUCGUUCAAGUGGGCAAUUGGAUCUGGAUUUGCAUACUGGCAUAA